CGUCACUGUAUCUCUACAAGGUCGUGCGCUCGCCCAGAGGAUAUCCCCAUCAAACACGGACAAAAAACAAAAAGGACGAAUCGGCCUUGCAAUGGUUUUCUUAGAUACCAUUUUGAUUACACAGCCGCUACGAACAUCAGACAUACACAUUUGUCGCUGCAACCAACUUAUAUACUUCUUUGAGCCGCAAAGUUGCACUGUUCUUGAAGCGUUUACCCUAGUCUGCGUGACAUAGCCCUGUAUCUAUCGGCCUCGACUCAGACAUAGAUAUUGCAAGGCAUACCAUUGUUUAUUGAUGUCUGUAGCCUGAGAGUUUUUCAGAAACUUUCCUUGUGUAUCCCAAGAUACCUCAGCCCCUGAUCCGGUUGCAACCUCUAAUCCUGUUCAUAAACCAUCCAUUCUGCGGUGCCUCCACUUCUCUUAAUAUCUAAUACCAAACAAUGGAUCGCACGGGUGAAUUAAGGCCCCUCAUUCCGGCUAACAUGAAUGCGCCCACCCCUAUGCCCCAUCAGCACCCAAAACAUGAACCUCCAGAGCCCAGAGACUCGCCCUCUGAAAAUAACAGCCUAGAGCCGGUAGACUCGUCUGAGUCGUUCGAAAUUCCGCCUGUGGUCGCUGGACGUAAGGCCGCCAAGUCGUUCAAAUUGUUUGAGCUACCUAAACUCACGGACAAGAUUCAUCACUCUCACAAGUCGCAUCGCAAGGAACCCAAGCACCACGCCGAGACCGAGUUUGUUCCCUCGAAGUACGGCUCCAGCACUCUCAACACCCUACUCUCUCAGGUAUCUUUAGACAAGGAGAAAUCCCGCAACAACAGCGUAGAAGAAGAGCUCAUUGGCAUUGGACUGUCGACGGCCAAAGAUGUAUCGCUCUUGGCAUCUAUGACCGACCUCCAGCCAGUGUCCUCGGCUACAUAUUUCCCUCACAAGUCAAAAUCAGAUCCAACCUCUUUCGAUGACGAGGUGAUUCACCCCGAGCAUCUCAGAGCCGAAGCCGAAUUUGACAUUAACCCGGAGACCCAGAAACCAGAGAAUAUCCGUCGCGAUAGAGGUCAUAAGGAUAGGGCCCGGUCGGCCGCCACUGCCCACCAUGAGGCAACCCCUCACAUCUCCAGUGACGGCACUCCAGCAGACAAAGGUCUUGGCCCUUCCGACUCUAAGGUGAAAAAGUCCAUCAAGUUUGAUAUUCCCGAAAUUGCAGUCCCUGGGUUAUUGGAGGCCUUGCCGGACCCAUUCCAUAAAACUGCGGGUUCGUUUGAUCAUGAAGCUGCCAGUUAUCCAGGACAGGCGCCUGGCUCAUUGGAAGAUCACGGUACCGCCGUGGAUGAAGAUUCUCAUUCCCUUGCUGUAGAGCUCACCCCGUUCCAAAACAAGGUCGGCGGCCACACGGCAAUUUUCCGGUUCUCGCACCGCGCGGUGUGCAAGGCUUUGGUCAACAGAGAAAACAUCUGGUACGAAGAAAUUGAACAAAAGCAACCAGAGUUGUUGCCCUUCGUGCCGCGUUACCUCGGGGUGUUAAAUGUGAGAUACACGUCGCUUGUCGAAGACGACAGCAACGGUCACUCUGAUACUCCUCCUGUCACAGCGGUGUCUCAGCAUACCACCCAUUUGGCUAGGCAGAUUGGCCAUGUUUCAGCCGCCAGCACCCCACUGUCUCCGGGCCGUGGGAAUACCGGUAGUAUCGACAAGACCCAUUUUAGUACCCUUUCGCCGGCACAAGAGCUUAAUUUCAAGACAAAGGCAUACAAGUCAGCUCCUAACUCUAGUAAGCUUUUACCCUCAGAAGGCAUUGAGUUGCCCCCGGAGGUGGUUUUGGAUGACAACAAACACAUAAUCCCCGAAUCUCUCCUCAAUCACUACUCUUCCUCCGCACCGUCACCCUACGGCUCGUACCUCUCGUCAUCCGAGGGCAAGGCAGGCUUAGUUGACCCGAAUAAUACUCCAAAAAACUCGCCGUAUCAGCACGGAAUGAAUGAACUUCCCCAGCGUGACGGCGGGUACUUGGGUUCCACCAAAGUCAACCAAAGACUACAGGCAUUGGUGUUGCAAGAAGUGUUUGCCCCAGGCAGAAAAGUUUCGGGUACCCCCUCCCGCCACCGCAACUCCACCGAUGGGGACAGUGGCAGCUACAGCAACUCCUACAGUCCUCGAAACGAGAUGCUCUACCUUUCAGAACGUUAUCCGGGAGCUGACCACCAGAGCUAUGGAGCCGCCUCCAGCUUGUACCGCCAUCGCUACAGCGACGUAGAUAGAGUAUCUGUGUCCAAGUUUCGUGACGCCAGAAGAAGCAGCCACCUGUCGAAUCUUUCCAGCCCCCAUAACGAUAGCCAGUCUUGUGGCAGAAGAAACAGCCUUGUCUCCAACAAGUCCGAGGGGCGCGGUGACGCGAUCUUCGAAAUGGACGAUGAUGACACCAUGCUGCUCAAUAGAGGGACUGAGUUGGCUGUUGGAAAUGGGGAUCUGGACGCCAAGUCAACUGGCUUGAAACGCCUGGCCAACCUAACGCCAGGUUUUAUCUCAUCACACAACUCCUCAGCUUCGUUGAUGCAUAUGGGCGGCGGGUUGUAUUCUGACGGAAGCUCUGGUGUUGGUGUUAACGGGAAACUUCGCCGCAAACUCACCCGCAUCGAGAGAUUCAUCCUUUUGGAGGAUUUAACCAGUGGGAUGAACGUUGCCUGCGCGUUGGAUUUGAAGAUGGGGACCCGCCAGUACGGGAUUGAGGCCAAGACGUCCAAAAUGCUCUCACAGCGGAAGAAGUGUCGUCGAACAACGUCGCGUAGCAUGGGUGUGCGUAUCUGCGGCAUGAAGGUGUGGGAUAAGGCCGAUGAAAAGUACGUCAGUCGCGACAAGUACUUUGGCCGCAACGUGCGGCCCGGCAGACAGUUUGCAAAGUGCUUGUUGCGGUUCUUGUACGACGGAGAGUCCUUGUACAGCAUUGUUCGCCAUUUACCCAAGUUGAUUGAAAACUUGUACGCGUUGUACAAAGUGUUCUCUCAGCUCAAGGGCUACAGAAUGUACGGGUCGUCGUUGUUGUUAAUGUACGACUCGGUGCCCAGGUCCCAGCAGGAGACGACCGGCACCACCAACGCCACCUCCAAAACUAUUGAUAUUGCCGAGUCGAAGCAGUCGUACGCCUUAUCUAUGGAUGAAGAGAACAAUGCCAAGGGCGGCGAGUUAAUCAUCCGCAUUAUCGAUUUUGCCCAGUCGCUCACCCCUGGCGUACCCUUGACAGAAACCACCACUUACCCACCGAGACAUGCCAACGACAUUGACAAGGGGUAUAUCAAGGGGCUAACCUCUUUGCUCCAGUACGCCACUGUCUUCUACCGCAAGUUCAUGGGAGCGGAUUACGUAGAUAAGGAGUCUGCUCUUCGGCUCAUCAAGGCUUCUAAGCAGGACUUGUUACAGCAAAAGUAUGCCUGGUUACAGGAUUUCGACAACCACGACUUUACCAAUGACGCGGCCGGGGCGUUCAGUGACGAGUUUUCCGAGCUAGACGAGUUGUUUCCGUCUGGCGAGCAGGCUUUUGACGACGGAUGUUCUGAUUAAUGACAUAAUAAAAGUAACUUAU